AUGGUUGGUGAAAUCUUUGUUUGUCAAUCCACUCAAAUCUACUGUCAACCAAAACAUCUCCCCACAAAGACUCAAUUUACGUUGAAUAAACCAAAUAAUCACCAACCUCAUCUUCCAAAAUUUGAUAAUAAUAUUAAGAUCACAGAUAAUCAUCAUCAUCAACUUCAUAUCAUCAAAUCAAAAUCAAAUCCUCCAACUCCUAUCAAUUUACAAUUAAUCUUAUCUUAUUUCUAUAAUUAA